AUGGAUUCAAAUAAAGGUGGUUUUAGUCUAUUUGGAAAUCAUUAUAUGAAUGAAUCAGUACCUGUUCAUUCUACAUCGGGCAUGAAUUCAUUAUCACCAUAUUUGAAUUUUGAUCCGAAAUUAUUGAAUCCAAAUGGUUCGCAAUUUAUUCUACCUGAAGGACAAAAAGAAAAACGGGGUCGACUUGAAUUAAUGUUUUUUACAAUCGGUGGUGCCGUUAUUGCCGGUGAAAAAAAUGAGAAAGAAAAAUUAAAUUAUAAUAUAUUUGUUUUGUUUUGUUUUGUUUUUCUAGGUAGUAUGAUUGGUAGUAUGUCAGGAUUUUAUCGAGGUAUUCGUGAAACUCGAGAUUUAACUGGAUCUAUACGAACUUCAUCAAUUAUUAAUUAUAUUGCACGUCAAGGUGCUACUACUGCUUCUGCUAUGGGUUCUAUUGCACUUAUUUAUAGUUUAAUCGGUACAGGUAUUAGUUUGACUCGUGGUAUUGAUGACGAAUUAAAUACAGUCGCAAGUGGGAGUCUUACUGGUCUAUUAUAUCGAUCAACAGCUGGUUUGAAAAGUGCUCUACGAGGAAGUUUAUAUGGUUUUGGAGCAUCAUCGUUAUAUGUAUUGGUUACAUCAAAAGAGCGUCUUCAAACAUACAUGUGA